GUUCGCCUGGGAUGAAGGACUCGACUCGGCGUCGGCUUCAGCGGUUGAAGAAGAAGCAACGAAGCCGGAGAAGAUGAUCGUCUGCAUCGCCGUCGUCGGCCAUCAGAACAACCCGCUGUACAUACAGAGCUUCACGGAGGCGGACGACGCGCUCAAGCUCCACCACAUAGUCCACUGCUCCCUCGACGUCGUCGACGAGCGAGUGAACAAUCCGAAAAAAUCCGCUUUGAACGAGACUUUCCUGGGUCUUCAUCCGACCGAAAACUACAAAGUGUAUGGCUAUCUGACUAAUACAAAGGUGAAAUUUAUAGUCACAACAGAUUUAGAUGUCAAAGAUGCCGAUGUGAAGAAAUAUGAGUAG